UGUUCACGUAGGUAUUGGUACUAAUGGAAUAAAUAUUACAGUACGUGGUGAAUGCUUGGAUAUCAAGGAGAUUGAGAAAUUCCUUGAAUCAUCGAAGCGGAAACGUGGGAAAUAAACAGAGAAUGUGGGGAACGCAAAACUAUCGAGAUGUUUAAAAGCAAGAUAUUCAAAAAGAAGCCGAAGAAUAAAAAAGAAAAAGAUACAGCAUCCUCUAAUCCUGACACCAAAGAUAUAGUCUACGAUGAUAUACCCUCGGUAACUCCACCUGUUCUACCAAAAACACCCAUUCCAAAGCAACCCAUAAAGAAUGCGACCACAAGGAAGAUCUUCAGCAGAGAUGCGAUUGGAGAUCUUCCCCUACAACAUGUAUCCUCUAACAGACGAAUGGAAGACCUGGAUGAUGAUGAGUAUGGAUACACAACUGGUGGUGCCAUAUACAAUAAACAGAAAAAGAAGAAAAUGGGUUUAGAGGAAACGUUCUUGGAUGCACAGGAAUUUGUUCCAUACAGAAAAGAAAGUCAUAACCCCAUGAUCAGCAGAUUUUUCUUCUCCCCUAAAGGUGACUAUGCACAUAUGUCUGUGGCGAAGGUAUGCCAAGAAAUAGACAACCUACAGGGAGAUGAUCAACAGGAUCUCAAAAAGUUCAUUACUGUUCAUCUGCUUCCAAGUCUGAAGCUGGACAACAAGAUUGCUGACGUCUUUGUACUUCUCUCUUGCAAAAACAAAUAUGUAAGAAGCAUUUGUAUUCAAGAACUGACCGAGAUGAUUUUGGAGAUUGAUCAUAGGCGGUUUUCUAGAGAAGAUCUGAUGAACUUGUAUGAAACCGGCACGGUUCAGCUAUUUACUGCCAUUACGGAAACCAAGAAAACAUUCUCCAUUUUCCAACCUUUGAUUCAACUCGGUAUAAUGUUCAAUUGCUUUAUUUAUCUAAAGGCGGUCGAAGCAAUGGACGAUUGGAUUGCAUGUAUACGACGCGUAAUGAAUACCAUGCAAUCAAAAACUAAACGAGUCAUGGAAAGAAGUGACCCGGAUGUUCGGGUGUUUGCAAAAACAGCACAAUGUAUAUUUGGUCUAGAAAAUGUGGACUUGGAUGACAGUUUAUUGUUAGGAGAAGAUGUGGACGAUUUUCUUCCAGAAUUCAGCAGGGAGGAUGGUGGUAUUUAUAUCGAGGGACUAGCUGCUCUUUUUCAUACGGGGAAUCUGAUUUUGAGACAACAAUCAAAGUUGAAGGCCGGUGUACAGAAACUAGUGAGAAUGUCUUCGUUUAUGAACGGAUCCAAUGAUGACGGAAUGGUUAAGUGGUCUUCUUGCUUGCUUGGACAGUUCGUGGUCCGUAUACUACAGAAAGAGCAUCAUGACGUUAAACAAGAUGUACUUGACCGCUGUGAAGAUCAAAUAUGUUCAAUACUGAAAAGCGACAGUUUUCAAUCAGAUGGGUUUAAUUUUUCACAUUGCUUAUUGUUCCACCACAACGACAGAGUUCGUUCCAGGUACAGGGACAUAGCAAAGACAAAAGGUGUACAGGAAUCAAAGGCGGCAACGGAAAUCCAUAUACAAACUCUCCUGAACAAAUUUGGUAUUAAUUUUGAAACAUCAACACCAGAGUCGAAGUUAAACAGUAUACUAGAGCGCAAACAAUGUAUAUUUAGCGAUGUAGAAGCAUCCAUUACAAUCAUUUACGAAGCCUUUCCGAUGGAAUCAGCAGAUGUUAAUAUGUAUGAUAACACCCAAAUAACAAAAGGUCCGUCUAGUGAAAGCCAAUACAGGAUAGAAAACAUGGAAAAUGAGCUUGAGGUUUUAAAGGAGGUAGAGACUGAAGACUUUCACAUAAAUGUGGCGAGGCUUCUAGCCUUCAACCAAUCACUUCCAAGGUUUUACAUAAAAGAGAGGCUUCCAGGCGACAACUUACAGAGGCGGCUCCUGGAGGCAAGAGAAAAAGGAAAGAUAAUCCCAAUCGUUGAUCUAAUCAGGAUAAUAAUACAGGCAGUGAAGGCUGUCAUAUACGUCCACAAUCAGGGAUGUUUGCUCAGAGAUAUCACCACGGCUUCCUACGGCUGUACAGUGUCAGAUGAUGGCUAUUUCUUGAAACUGAAAAACUUUGAGAUGGCUGCAAGACCUUCGGAUUUGCCGGAUGGUGGAAUAAUUAGUGGAGUAAUAGACAUGGACUUUAAAGGAGUCCCUAUUCGCUGGGCCGCCCCUGAGAGUCUGCUUGGGGGACAUUACAGUAUCUUCAGCGAUGUCUGGUCCGUCAACAUCUUAGCAGACGAGAUCCUCAACUAUGCCGCCUGGCCAUACUCCGACAUCAGCGAUGCAGACAUCAAUGACAUGGUCACCCAUAUAGUUUUUACCCACCUUAAACCUCAGGGAUUUAACCGACCCCGUCGUGUGCAGGGGCUGAUUUUGGAGGGUCUGGCUACCGUUCCUGAACAAAGACUCAAACUGGAGGCCCUCAGAGAAAGAUUGCUUGAGAUCCUGGACAACAUUGACGGGGGUGACAGCUACAGUCUGUAUGACACAUAUUCCGGGGUAGAAGGCUCUCGAACCAAGACAUAUGAUAUCCCUCCUCUUACAGAGCGACAAAAACAGGCCAACUCGGUGUAUGAAAGGGGAAUUCCAGCAUCGAUUCAAAGAUACAGAGAGCUCGAAGACCCUAUAACUGCAUUUUCACUGGAAGUGGCAGAACACAACAGUAGGCUGAAAGAACAGACAGGAUUAGAACUGAUUGAAAUUUCCUCCGACGACAACUACAAAAUUGAAUCCGAGGACAAAAUGAACAAAAUUAAGGUGAUGGAAAGAGUAACUGAUGAUUUCCUAAAGUUUACAUACAAAAAACUGAACGAAAUUGACAGCAGUAAGAUGUGUGUAGAACCAUGGCCACCAUCAAAAAGUGGAUCGGCAGAUGGAUGUAAACUGCAUUAUAGCUUCCCGAGGUCAACUCAUCUUUUGGAUGUUGUUCUUCACAAAGAUCGUGGAGAGACGAUUGGUCCUUACAUAGAGCUUCUAUAUGAAUUAGCCAAUCACGUGGACUCUUUUCAUUCAGCAGGAUGGAUAUUUCGAUGUCUUAGGGCAAAAAAUGUUUGGAUCCUUGAAUCUCAAAAAAGAGAACAAUCAAUUGUGGUACCAAAGUUCGGUAAAUACCGCAUGAUAGUUUCCUCCGAUUUUGAUGCACAUCUAGAACAAAUCAAGGUUGACAGUCGGGAGGAAAUGGAAGGUGUUCAAUGGCUUCCCAUUGAAGCAAUCAAAGCCGGUCUGUAUUCUAAAGAAAGUGAUGUGUACGCAUUUGGCAUGGUCACGUGGGAAGUGAUGACAGCUUUUGGACAAGAGGGAGUCGUGUAUGAUCAAGAUGAGGAACGAGAGUUGUCUUGUAUCCCGUUUAACUAUCAACAGUCUGAAAAUAUUUUACAGCAUUUGAUCGAGGGAUACAUUCCAGAAAAACCAAUAAAAUGCCCGGAUUGGUUUUAUCAAGAAGUCACUAGACCGUGCCUUCUUCACCAAAAAAUUGACCGACCAUCCAUGAAAACAGUUCUUCAGAUUCUUCAAACACGACUUCGCAAGACUCUUCCUAGGCAAAUCCUCAGUCUUCCCCCUUCAGUCUCUCCAGAGUUAUACGAUGUUUACGAGGAUGCUGAUAUUUUGUACGAAGAUGAUUAUGAGGGUUGGGGUGAUGUAUAUACAGGUCCAAAUUCGUCCGAUGAUGAAGAGUCAAUAAAACCUGUGGAAGACGACAAGGCUAACUCUGCUGUUGUCAAGAGGAAACCACCACCGCCUCCACAAAUCAACAUGGAUAAAAAGGAUUUCCAUGCCGACGGACGCCGCAGACCACCACCACCGCUUCCACCACUUCCACAGAAACCCAGCAAGAUAGCAUCAGAUAUGGCCGACUGCUCUCUCCCGCCGGUACCUCGUAGAGACAGAGAUACAUCAAACCCACAGGAGUCUAAAGAUGACAAGGGAUAUAAGACUUGUCCGUCUGUUCUUAAAAGACUACCAGUUGUACUACGCGAAAAGGAAGAGGACUCUGCUAAUCCGUCUGAUGUUAAUUCAUGUAAAUCCCUUCCUCUUCCAAUAACACCACCACCGCAGUCCAAUGAAAACAAAGAAGAAGAUCAAGAUGUUUACGCUUCGCAAAUUAAUCCUAUUUCCCCACAACAACAAACGAAAGACGCUUUGAAUUCUGCAAAAAAGCUCCCACUACCACCAAAACCACCAAAACCAUCAAAACCAAACUCUGCAGAUGCUAAUCCCAAAAUAGAUCUAGGCAAGGAUGAAUCGAGCAAUACAACUGCACUCCCCGUAUCUCCUAGAAAUAUUCCCCAAAAACAUGAUGAAAAAUCAUCUAAACCACUUUCUGUUUCACCAAAUGAGAACCAGUCGGCGUCAUGUGGUCCUAAAACGAAAACAGAUCGUAGUAAUUCUUCAGAUUCUGUUUACAAAGGUUCUGACUUUUACGGAACUGUGCAAAGUGUGAUGUCUGAUGACAUGAGAGAAACAUUUAAAGGGUCAGAUUUUAACAGCUCAGAUAAUAUGUCCAUAGGUUUAGGAGAUACCCAUAAAGGAUCAGAUUUUAACAGCUCCAAUAAUUUAGGAGAUACCCAUAAAGGAUCAGACAUUGAUCGAACAGUUCGACCCGCAAAAGACAAAAGUAUUGGUACCGAAUCAACACCAGCAAUUAAAACAAAACCCAAAGUUUUUCCAAAACCAAAGGCAAAGCCAAAGUCGCCUUUCUAUGUCAAUGAUCAAGAGUUGAAAGCAGACGAUGUCUCCACCCCAGUGUACGUAAACCAGAAUCAGCCUGGAACAAAACCAGCGGUACCACCCAGAAAGCCGCUCAAUAAAUAGUGGUAUUGAGAUCAGUAAGCCAAGAACAAAACCAGCGGUUUUUAUAUACAGAUACUAUUUUUAAUUUUAUGCUGCGAUGGUAAAAUUUUGCUUUUUCUAUUCACUAUGUCUAGUUUUCUUCAUAUCAUGAUUAAACACAUUAUCAAAUUAUGAAAAAAUCUAGCAGCGCUUCAUUACUUCAACUUUGUUUCAUUUGAAUCUAUUGAUAUUGACCUUUAUGAAAAUCAAUAUGAACAUUUUUAAAAAAUAUAUGGUAAAAUUAAUAGAAGAGGGAUAUUACACCUUAAUUAAAGAGACGAUGAAAAAAUGUUUCAUAAAAAUAAACAUCAAAACAAAUGUAAGCAUUCAAUGCGUAUUUUGGAAAUUGUCGGUCCAAUAACACACCAGGUUGUGAGCAGGCUGAAGCUAGCAGCCACUAACAGCAGCCACUAAGCCCGUAAAGAAGCUAACAGCCAAUAAUAAAAUUCAUCAAAGUACUGAGAGUACUCGAACAGAAAAUUAUAUUUUACUUUAUUAUCGGCAUAUUUCAGCUGAUAUUAAGAAGAUAUAUGUAUGAAUAGUUUCUCUAAGCAUUGACAACUUGGAGUCAGUAAAGCUCGCCUGAAUGAAAUUUUAAAUGUGUUUGUGUUUAAUGAUUUCAAUUGAAUAUUGGUAUUUGUCUAUACGUAUGCUUAAAAUUAUGCCUAUAGAUCCCCGAACCUGUUUACA